AUGGGGAUGGCGGGUUCCUGGGCCGCCCCCUCCCGACCCCGUGCGAGCCUGGAAGGCGACGGCGGCGGAGAGGCAUCCGUCACCAUCAGAGUGCACCCAGAGUGGGCGCCCAUCGGGGCGGAGCACUUCAGGGACCUCGUCGAGCGCGGCUGGUACGACGGGGCCCGCGUCUUCCGCGUCGUCCCCGGGUACGUGGCACAGUUCGGCCUGCCCGCGGAGGCAAGGCCGCCUGCUCCCAGCAUAGAGGACGACCCCGUCAGGGUGCCCAACAGGCGCGGCACCCUCGCGUUCGCCACAGCGGGCCCUAACACGCGCGCGGACCAGCUGUUCAUCAACUUGAAGGAUAACCUGCCUCUGGACGGGCGGGGCUUCUCCCCCUUCGGCGAGGUGGUCGGCGACGGCAUGCAGGUCGUAGACGGGUUCUACUCGGGUUACGGGGAGGAGCCAGACCAGGAGCGCAUUACCAAGCUGGGCAAUUUGUACUUGAACAAGCAAUUCCCUAAGCUCUCUUUCAUCAGCAGGGCCGUGGUCACAGAUUGA